UUCACGCGAACAUACAUUACAAUGGCGGAUAACUUGGCUGCGUUUCGUGAUGGCCGGAGUGGUCAAUUGAGGAAACUAGCAGAAGAGCAUCUUCAACAUGACUUGAAUCAAAGCGAUCGCGAUAUCCUGAGAAGCGCAGGUGGCAAAGUCUCAACGCAUGCCAAAGUGGGAUCACUCCUCGGAUUAGGCCUUGGUGUUUGGUGCGCGUUUCGAUUGCGAUCAAUGCGAUUGGCAUACUUCAACGCCUUCAGAGCAAUGGAAAAACCUGUAGAACUGAAAUUCGCAGAUGGACGCACACAACCAAUCCCCGAUCUCACGAACCAGCUUGCGCCAUCGAAAUGGGGCGAUGCUGCGUCGUAUUUCUUUUUUUCCGUGGGCGGGCUGUUUCUCGGAGGUGAACUCGGCUUUAUAAGUGGCACUGCGUCGGCUUCGCGGGCGAUCACGAAAGAUCCAGAGACGAAAGAACGCAUCGAAAAGGCGUUCAAGAAUUAUCGCAUAGAUGCGAUGAAGCAAGAGAUCAAACAGCUUGAAGGGAAGAGCAAGUUCGAGGAGAUGUUUACGAGCGCGUAA